UUUUUCACAAACUUAUCCAUUAAAUAUAUAUUUUCCCUAAAAAAUUUCUCAUGUGUUUCCACUUGAUCCAUUUUCAGUGAAAAGCAAUGGCAUUUAAUUGUUGUAACGCAGCAGCUAUUUUCAUGUUGUUUUUCACUUGCGUUUUAUCUCAUAAUGUCGUUCCGUGCCCUCCAAGAACGACACCGUCGAUGCCUCCCUCAGUUGCGGCCAAAUGUCCCAAAGACACACUCAAGUUCGGUGUUUGUGGGAGCUGGUUGGGGUUGGUUCACGAGGUCAUCGGGACUCCGCCGAGUAAAGAGUGUUGUACGUUGAUUUCGGGUUUAGCCGAUCUCGAGGCCGCAUUGUGUUUGUGUACUGCAAUUAAGGCCAAUGCACUUGGUGCUAAGGUUAAAAUACCUAUUGCCAUUAGCUUGUUGAUAAAUGCUUGCGGGAAAAAGGUCCCUCAAGGCUUUGCAUGUCCAUAGAAUUCUAUUAAGGUUAAGUACUUAAGUUUGAUCGUUGAUUCAACAUCCAACAACGAUCUCGAACUCAAAUAUGGUGAUGUUUAUUUCUUUGUGUCGGCAUAUACGUAGAGUGUCUAAAUAUUAGUUAUUUUGUGGUUUGAUUGUAAAUGAAGUUAUAAGAGCUAUUUUGGAGAGUUUAUAAUUUGGAUUAAAAUGAUUCUUUGAUGACUUGCUUUGAUGAUAUAAAAUGUUUGAGAUUUCUGUC